AUGGCGGUAGGCAUGCAAACUGCCAUAAUAAAUGCCCCGGAGCAUUUAAAGUGCAAAUUGUUGUCUGGAACAUUCAAAGACGCAGCGUUACGCUGGUACAUGAAUCUUCCAAAAAAUUCUAUUGGAAGUUAUGCUGACUUCCAAAAGAAAUUCAUCCAUCAAUUUGCUGGAUCAAAACAUGUGAAAGUCACAUCAACUAGCCUCUUUUCAAUUUGCCAAAACCACACAGAGUCAUUGCGUGAUUACUUGGCUAGAUUUAGCGAAGCCACCAUAAAGGUUUCGAAUCCUAACCAAGAAAUGUUCGUAGCGGCUUUUCACAACGGGCUAAGGGUGGGACACUUCAAUGAAUCCUUAGCCCAAAAGCAUGCAUCUUCAAUGCAAGAAAUAAACAAGAUAGUAGAAUGUUAUAUCAAGGGAGAAGAAAGUAACGCAGAGAAGAGGCAGAGAGAUGCCAAGGAAAAAGAAUACGUCAACCGUAACGGAAAGGCUCCUGACCAUCAGCGACAAAGGUAUGGAGGCCAACAAGAGGCGUCAUGGGAAAGAUGCCAGGGAAACCCUUAUUACCAACUACCAAGGCGCGAAGUCAAAGACUAUCCCUCCUUCAAGGAGUACACGCCUUUGAACAAAGCCAAAGUGCAUGUAUUGAAGGAAAUUCUCGCCACCGAUUUAGAUAACUUUCCUCCCUCUAGGGAUAGAGGCGCUUUGAUGGGACCUGACAGUGAUGCUUGGUGCGCCUAUCAUCAUUGUAGAGGGCACUCGACGGAGAAGUGUUUUCGACUAAGAGAUCUUAUCGAGGAGUUUAUUAAAAGCGGUCACUUGAGAAAGUUUAUCGAGGAUGCGGCACAAGGGCGAGUCGUUGUGCCAAAGGUUCCUAGGCGAGAACCGCGGGAUUCAUCAGAGGGUAGAGAAGAACCGCCCAAAGUGAGAGUCUCCGUCAACACUAUUGCUGGAGGAUUUUCAGGAGGAGGCGAAUCAAAUUCUACUAGGAAGCGGUUUGUUCGACGCGCCAUCUCUGAAACAUACCUUAUCAGGCACCCACCUUUCCCAUCUAUUCCUGAUUUGUCUUUCACGGCGGAGGACGGUCAAGGAAUAACGCCACAUGAUGAUGACACUCUGGUUAUACAAGUUCAAAUCCUAAAUUGUGAUGUGAAAAGGGUCCUAAUAGGUUCCGGCAGUUCUGUGGACAUCAUGUAUUGGGAAGCCUUUAAGGACACGCAAUUAGCAGAGGAACAGGUACAACCAUAUGUGGGAACUUUGGUUGGAUUCUCCGGAGAACAAGUGGAUGUGAUGGGAUAUGCUUCAUUACUCAUAACUUUCAGAGAUAAGGAUAAUGCCAAGACUAUCAAGGUCCGUUAA